AUGUCCGAUAUAAUCAAAUUCACAGCCCCAUUGUCCCAGGGAUUCGGAUAUGGAAUCAUUCUGGGACUUGGGUUUGCCUUUGCCCUUCUCAUGAUCUUCAUUACAUGGGCGUUGAAAAGAUAUCAAAAUGAAGUCCAAACAUCCGAAAUGUUCUCAACAGCUGGUCGCUCAGUCAAAUCUGGUCUUGUCGCUGCCGCAGUCGUAAGCAGUUGGACAUGGGCUGCGACUCUCCUACAAUCUUCAUCGGUAGCAUAUAAAUACGGUAUCUCCGGACCCUUCUACUACGCCUCCGGUGCAACAGUUCAAAUUCUCCUCUUCGCAACAAUAGCCAUCGAGCUUAAGAGACGAGCUCCGAAUGCGCAUACCUUCCUCGAGGUCGUUCGCGCUCGCUACGGUACAACUGUACAUAUUGUCUUCAUUGUUUUCUGUCUCAUGACCAACAUUCUUGUCACGGCUAUGCUGCUUACCGGUGGUUCGGCGGUCAUGACCUCCCUAACCGGAGUUUCAACUCCUGCCGCUUGUUACUUGCUUCCUAUUGGUGUUGUUUUAUACACUCUGUUCGGUGGAAUCAAGGCCACGUUCAUCACGGAUUACAUGCACACCGUGGUUAUUUUGGUCGUUAUCUUCUUGUUUGCCUUUUCGGCUUAUGCGACCAAUGCAGAGCUGGGCUCUCCCGGCAAAGUAUACGAUGCUCUGGUUGAGGCAGCGAACCGGAACCCCAUCGCAGGAAAUGCUGAGGGCAGCUAUCUGACAAUGCGCUCAAAGGAAGGUGGAAUCUUCUGGAUUAUCAACCUGAUCGGUAACUUUGGAACUGUCUUCCUUGACAACGGUUACUACAACAAAGCAAUUGCUGCAAGCCCUGUUCACGCAUUCCCAGGUUACGUUAUCGGAGGUCUCUGCUGGUUCGCUAUUCCCUGGCUCUGCGCUACAACCCUGGGUAUCUCAGCCAUCGCCCUCCAAGGUAACCAGACCCUCAGCAGCGACGACGUAACAGCCGGUCUAGUCCUACCUUACGCAGCAGUUCAACUCCUCGGAUAUAGUGGUGCCGUCGCAACAACUCUCAUGAUCUUCAUGGCCGUGACAUCCGCGUUCUCAGCACAGCUCAUCGCCGUGUCCUCGAUCUUCACAUACGAUAUCUACCAGGCUUACAUUGAUCCUAAGGCUAAUGGCAAGAAACUCGUUUGGGUCUCUCAUAUGUCGUGUAUUGUCUGGGCAGUUGUCAUGGCUAGCUUUGCCACGGGUCUCUACUACGCUGGUGUUGGUAUGGGAUACCUGUACUUGCUUAUGGGUGUCAUCAUUUCCUCUGCUGUGUUCCCCGGUGCUAUGACUCUCCUCUGGAAGAGUCAGAACAAGAUCGCGGCUGCUGUUUCUCCUCCUCUUGGACUUGCUAUUUCAUUGUCUGCCUGGCUCGCGACUACAAAGACGCAGUACGGUGUCUUCAAUGUGACUACCACUGGUGACAACUACCCCAUGCUGGCAGGAAACGUCGCCGCUCUCCUCAGCCCAGUGGUUAUCUCACCCAUCCUAACCCUAAUUUUCGGCUCCCAGAACUACGACUGGGAAUCCAUGCGCCAAAUCCGCAAGGUCGAUGACACACAAGUAGCCGCAGAAGCACACAUUGAUCUCGAGAUGGUGCCCGGCGAAGUAGGACCGACCGAGGCCCAAAGCGAAGAAGAAACGCGCAAGCUGAACAAAGCAGCGCUAUACUCGCGCACCCUGACCAUUUUCAUGGCUCUUGCCAUGUUGAUUCUUUGGCCGAUCCCAAUGUACGGUAGCUCGUACGUUUUCAGCAAGAAGUUCUUCACUGGCUGGAUUGUUGUGGGGAUCAUUUGGCUGUUCUGCACAUUGUUUGGUGUGGUUGUUUUCCCACUCUAUGAGGGACGGGAGAGUAUUGUUCGGGUUGUUAAGAUGAUGGCUUAUGAUGCUAUGGGAACUCGACCGGCUGUUUAUCGGGGUCGGAAAGCCGAUGAGAUGCAGGCUUCUGGUGUGGCGACACCGGCAGAAAAGUCGGAUGGAGAGAAGGCUAAGGAGGCGAUGGAGUCGUCUGCUUAG